CGACAGUUUUGUAAAUAAAACCAAAGUAACAUUUGCAGUAGUUAAGGGCUUUAUUCGAAAUGACGAUAUUACUUCUUCUUCCGACUAGUGACUAUAAAUAAAAGAAACUGUAGCACUAUACAGCCACUUGGCGAAAAAAAGAACUAAAUGCAAACGAUUGCGGCAGACCACGAGUUUGUGUAUAUAGUUGAAAAUAUUGUUAUUCGUCUGCUAAAAAAUGUUAUUAAUUAGAACUUAAGCUUCUACAAACAAGUAUGAUUACUUAAUCAUACUAUAAUACAGUUGACGUAGAAUAUUGGUUCGGCAUUUCAAUGAAUACGUAAGAAAACGAGAUUAUUUUUUAUAACCUCUUUUUCAGGCCAAUAACCGGCGUAUAAAUAGUAAUAAAAAUUGUUACAAUAACUCUGAAUUUUGAUUAAAAAAUUAUGAAUUCCAUAAGAUUAUUGAAAAGGCUAAAGUGUAACGAAAAGUUACUACUACAGUUAUGGAGUGCUCCAAAAUUAAAAAGAACAUUUCUGUCAGAAGCUUACUCAUGUUCAGAAGCUUGGAACAAAAGACUGGAAAGUCCAUUAUUGCAAAAAAUCAAUCCUCUUGACUUUUACCUUGAAAUGGAUCAGAAAAUUCAAAACCAAAAUAAAAUAGCCGCAGUAGACGCUGAUAUUUUUGCCAAUUGCGUUCAAGAUGACAGUCAAAGUGAUGAACUAGCAGAUAUUUUACAUAAAUUAAGAAUGACAAGAGAAUCUUCUUUCACUUUGGAAUCUACACAUCAUGCAGUUAUAAGAUAUUACUUGAGUAUUGGACAAACAGAUGUACUUCUGAAUAUUUUGGAUGACAGAUUAAAUUAUGGCAUUUUCUGUAAUUACUUUGAUUAUAAUUUGUUAAUGGAUUAUUUUAUAAAACAGAAAGAUUUUGCAUCUGCAGCAAAAGUGGCAUCAUUUAUGAUGCUUCAGGAGGAAUUUGAUCACCCCAUAAGCAAUGCUCUUGCAGUCUAUUCUUGUCACAAGUACUUGGAAAAUCCAGACACAUGGCAAGGAGUUGAUCCAGAAGUUGAAAGAUUGAAAUCAGAGCCAAAAGAAGAAGUGAAAAUUCGUGUUCGUUACAUCAGAAAUCCUUAUUUUGAUGAUCAUUUUGACUUAUGGAAACCAUCUGAUUUAGUUGGUAAAACAUUAUUCUGGGUCGGCUCAUUUGGUUUGGAUGGCCCUCUUGGUAGGACUUGUCAAUUAAGGGGUGCAGUAUUGUACAGAAAAUAUACUGAAGCUAUUCAAAUACUGAAAAAAUGGAAGGAAGAAUGUACCAAAGAAGUUGUUUACAAAGAAGUGUUGCCUUUGAUAAAAAAGGACGUUCCAGAACUUUUUGAAAGUACAGAACCUACUGAGGAAAUGAAAGAACUACAGAAAUUAGUAUUAGAUUUAGAAAGUGCAGAUUUGUAUCAAGAAAAUUUAGAGCAAGACAUGGAAAAUUUAAUAAAAAAAGCAGUCAAAGCCCACAGUGAAAAAGACAUGGCAGAGCAAGUAAAGCUUUAUGAAGAAUGGCUGGAAAAAAGAGUACAAGUUCUCAAGAUACACUUGGCUGAAUUGGAUAAAAUAUCUAGAUUAGCUAAAAUAGAAGACAUGAAAAAAGACUUGGCUGAUCGAGAACGCGUCCUUACGUUCUUUGAAAAAGAAGAACAAAUUGAAUUAGCAAUUGAAGAAAAACUCGCGAAGGAGAAAGAACUAUACGGCGAUGAAAGUGAAGAAGUUACAGAUGAUGAAGAAAAUUAUAUACCACCAGAAAUUGUUACAAAACAAGGAGAAAAACGAUAAUUAAUUUUAUAUAAAUAUAUUGAUAAAAAUGUAGUUGUUUAGCAAGCAUUUUAUAGCUUGCACGUUAUUUAUCACGUAGAUUUAAUCGACUUUUUACUGUUAAAUCAUCGAAAUUCAUAAUACAUUUGUAGCAUUGCUUUCAAAUAAACUGGAGAGUAGU